AUGUCAGACUCUGAUUAUACUACGGGCUCCUACCGAAUGGAACUACUGAAGGCCCAUAAUUGGAUGCCGUGGAAGCGCCGAAUGCUUGCAGUGCUUAUGGACCUCGGACUGGACAAAUAUAUUGCAAAGGAUGCAAAGGAGCCAGAAUCAGCCAAUUGGAGCACGCCGACAACAGCAGAACUCGAUGCACAGAAGAAAUGGCGAGAGGGAGAUACCAAGGCACGGCUAAGAAUAGAAUUAGCUGUGAGUGAUGCUGAGAUGGUCCACAUACUCGGCGCGACGACAGCGAGCGAAAUGUGGGAUCAACUUACCACGGUCAAGGAAUCCAAAGGCCGACUUGGAGUGUUGGCUGCUAGCUGA